AUACCCCUGAAAAUUUUAAAAACGCUACAAAUAUGCCCAACCGUAAAGUGAGGCCUUCUCCGUUAAACGGAACAUGGUGAUGUGUCAAACGGAAAUCCAACGUGGCAUCCUCAGUAGGCGUUCUGUGUCGUUCCUUCUUUAUACGGAUUGUGAGAGAAUGUUUUCCCCAAUUCAUUACAAACAUAAACCCUAAUUACUAUCAUGCAUGGUGGAAGCAGAGGCUUGUCCCAUAACAAUCGAAGGACACAGUCAGUGGAAAAUAGUAACUCUGAAGGGCUCGACGAACAUGGGAGCAAGCCAUAUGACGGGACAUGCUUCUGCCGUCUUCAAGUGGUGGCGUUGAAGUCGAAGACGAGGAGAAAUCCAGGGAGAUGGUUCUUCAGAUGUCCUCUGUGGAAGACGAAGAACACUGGGUGUCGUUAUUUUCAGUGGAUGGACGAAACCAACGAGGAAUCAGUUGGGCUGGAGGAAAUCUCGAAGAAUGGAACACAAGUAUGCCAUGAAUGUGGAGUCUUGAAAGGGAGAUUUACCAGUCUUGAGACAGAGACCAUUUACAGAGAUGGAAAGAUGAUGAGGGAGCACAUGAAGAGAGUUGAAUUGUUUUUAUGCAUCAUUCUUUGUGGAGUUGUUCUGAGUUUGAUUUUGAGUGUGAUUUGUUUGGUUAGAUAGGAGGAGGGAUGCAUGCAGGACAAACAAUGGAUGUUAUGUGUUACUGUUUUGUGGAAUUUAUGUUGACAUUGUUGUAGCUAUUGUUGUUGCUUAUUAAUGAAUUAGAGCUGUGUGUUACACCCAGUUGAAUACUGACAAUA